CAAGCUUCUGAUGUCAACAACGAAAAAAAAUCAUCAUCUGACGAAAUUUCAAUACCUCAUUUUGCAGUGUGAAUCAUUUUAUGCUUGACAGAUAGUCUGACUGAUAAACUGAUAGCACUCGAAGCGUAGUAGGGUUUUCCAGUGUCAAAUGGUAUUUUUCAAAAGUAGCUCGCACAAAUUGUUGUUUCACUAGCCUCGACUGCAAUCAAACCCAAAAUGUCUUCGACUAUUACUGCCGUAAAUGUCGAUGGCAUCCAAUUCGAUCGCAACGAUUUUUUGGGGAGCGGUAGGUUCGGUUCAGUGUAUCGUGGUACAUAUAAAGGUCAAAGUAUAGCAGUCAAACGAAUUAAGAAGAGAAGUGACGGGUUUCCAUCAAUUGAGGAGUUAAAAGUUUGGCAGCAGUUAGACCACCCAAAUGUUGUAAAACUUCUUCACUGCGCAAGCGAUGACGAUUUCACUUAUCUCGCUUUGGAAUUGUGCGACGCAUCAUUGGAUCAGGUGUUUCUGAAUCAGGACGAUCCUCGAAAAUAUAAAGGACCUGCCUUAACAAAUCACUUUGAGGUUUUCUCCCAGUUAGCCUCUGGCCUCGAAUAUAUUCAUUCAAAGAAUCUGGUCCAUGGAAACAUUAAACCGGAAAACAUUCUGAUUUCUGUGAAACCUACUGACUGUGGCGAUAAGGUAACCAUCAAGUGGAGUGACUUUGAAUUUUCCAAAGCUGUCGACGAACGGGAAACAUUCACAACGAGUGGAAUCAAAGGAGGUCCACUUUGGUUCGCCCCCGAACUGUUAAAAAUGUUUGGCGAAAACCUUAGCCUAGAAAAAACCAGCAAGGAAGGCGAUGUCUUCGCAGAAGGACUCGUCUUCGGUUACAUUAUAAUAAAAGGAAGACAUCUCUACGGUGAGGAUAGUCAUUCAAUCAUGGAAAACCUCAAGGAUAACAAACCAGUUAAUAUGGAUCAAAUUCACGAAUUACAUUGGGCCCGUAAUUUGAUAGAAAACAUGGUGACUAAGCCACCUGCUACUAGAAUGACAUCUAUACAAGUCCUUGUUCAACUUCAAUCCAUAAAAAUAAGAAUUGUCAAGGAAGAAGAAAAGCUGCUUCAGCAGUUUGCAGAGCCGAAAUCGGAUUUUAUGAAUAUGAUCAAAGAUUUCAGCCAACGUGGUUUCGACGUGAACGCAAAGAGCCAAUCCAAAAUGAACGCACUCCAUUUAUUGUGUGAUUACAAUUCAACACCAAACUUAACCGAUGCAAUUCGACUGUUGGUCGAACUCGGAAUCGACGUGAACGAAAAGGACCAAUACGAAAGGAACGCACUCCAUAUUUUGUGUCGAAACAAUUCAACACCAAACUUAACCGAUGCAAUUCGACUGUUGGUCGAACUCGGAAUCGACGUGAACGCAAAGGACGACGAAGGAAUGAACGCACUCGUUUAUUUGUGUCGAUACAAUUCAACAUCAAACUUAACCGAUGCAAUUCGACUGUUGGUCAAACUCGGAAUCGACGUGAACGCAAAGGACAAAUACGAAAAGAACGCACUCCAUUAUUUGUGUGAAUAUAAUAAAACACCAAACUUAACCGAUGCAAUUCGACUGUUGGUCGAACUCGGAAUCGACGUGAACGCAAAGGACCAAUACGAAAGGAACGCACUCCAUAUUUUGUGUCGAAACAAUUCAACACCAAACUUAACCGAUGCAAUUCGACUGUUGGUCGAACUCGGAAUCGACGUGAACGCAAAGGACAAAGACGAAAGGAACGCACUCCAUAUUUUGUGUGAAUACAAUUCAACACCAAACUUAACCGAUGCAAUUCGACUGUUGGUCGAGCUCGGAAUCGACGUGAACGAAAAGGGCGAAUACGAAAGGAACGCACUCCAUAUGUUGUGUGAUUACUUUUCAACACCAAACUUAACCGAUGCAAUUCGACUGUGGGUCAAACUCGGAAUUGACGUGAACGAAAAGGACGAAUACAAAGGUAACGCACUCCAUCAUUCGUGUCAAAACCAUCGUUUGUUCUAUAGUUACAAUUCAACACCAAACUUAACCGAUGAAAUUCAACUGUUGGUCGUACCCGGAAUCGACGUGAACGCAAAGGACAAAAACGAAUGGAACGCACUCCAUAUUUUGUGUCGAUUCAAUUCAACACCAAACUUAAUCGAUGCAAUUCGACUGUUGGUCAAACUCGGAAUCGACGUGAACGCAAAGGACAAAUACGAAAAGAACGCACUCCAUUAUUUGUGUGAAUAUAAUAAAACACCAAACUUAACCGAUGCAAUUCGACUGUUGGUCGAACUCGGAAUCGACGUGAACGCAAAGGACCAAUACGAAAGGAACGCACUCCAUAUUUUGUGUCGAAACAAUUCAACACCAAACUUAACCGAUGCAAUUCGACUGUUGGUCGAACUCGGAAUCGACGUGAACGCAAAGAACAAAUACAAAAAGAACGCACUCCUUAAUUUGUGUAGUUUAGAUUCAAUACCAAACUUAACCGAUGCAAUUCGACUGUUAGUCGAACUCGGAAUCGACGUGAACGCAAAGGACAACGGAGGAAUUAACGCACUCCAUUUUUUGUGUGAAUAUAAUAGAACACCAAACAAAACCGAUGCAAUUCGACUGUUAGUCGAACUCGGAAUCGACGUGAACGCAAAGGACGACAACGGAGAGAACGCACUCCAUUAUUUGUGUCUAUACAAUUCAACACCAAACUUAACCGAUGCAAUUCGACUGUUGGUCGAACUCGGAAUCGACGUGAACGCAAAGAACGACAGAGGAGUAAACGCACUCCAUAAUUUGUGUGAAUCCAAUUCAACACCAAAGUUAACCGAUGCAAUUCAACUAUUGGUUCAACUCGGAGUCGACUUGAACGCAAAGAGCCAAUACAAAGAGAACGCACUCCAUCGUUUGUGUGAAUACAAUUCAACACCAAACUUAACCGAGGCAAUUCAACAGUUGGUCAAACUCGGAAUCGACGUGAACGAAAAGGGCGACAGAGGAAUGAACGCACUCCAUUACUUGUGUCAAAACCGUUUUUUGGGUAGAUUCGACGAAACAACAAACUUAACCGAUGCAAUUCAACUGUUGGUCAAACUCGGAAUCGACGUGAGCGAAAAGGGCGACAAUGGAAUGAACGCACUCCAUUACUUGUGUCAAAACCAUUUUUUGGGUAGACACGACGAAACAACAAACUUAACCAAUGCAAUUCAAGAAUUGGUCAAACUCGGAAUCGACGUGAGCGAAAAGGGCGACAGAGGAAUGAACGCACUCCAUUACUUGUGUCAAGACCGUUUUUUGGGUAGAUACGACGAAACAACAAACUUAACCGAUGCAAUUCAACUGUUGGUCAAACUCGGAAUCGACGUGAAAGCAAAGGACUACAGAGGAAUGAAAGCGGUCAAUUACUUGACAGAAUAUCGGAGCAAACAAGAACGGCAGAAAUAUGAAAAAAGGGGAGGACAAUUCGUGGACGAGGCCAUUCGAUUCCUAGAGAACGCAGCUAUUACUGAUUUCUCUAAACUGAAAUAUGGAGAAUAUAAGCAUGACAGAUUUAAGUUCGUUGAAGAGGAAGAAAAAUUGCUUCAAAUGCAACCUUCGAGGAGAAGGUUUUCAUCGGUUCUACCUAGAAUAAGCGGAUUAUCCAUUCACGACGAUAACGUUAACACAAAGGACAAGGGUAAAAGGAAUGAACUCCAUGUUUUGUGUCAAAGCAAUUUCAGUCCCAAUUUAAUCAUUGAAAUACAACGCUUGAUCGAACUCGGAUACAAGGUGAAUGAUAAGGACAAGGGCGGACGGAACGUGCUCCAUUACUCGUGUCAAUACAAUUCCAGUCCUAAUUUAGUAGAGGCAAUUAAACUCUUCAUCGAAAACGGAAUCGACGUGAACGCAAUGGACAACGAAGAAUUUAACGCACUCCAUUAUUUGUGUCGAUUCAAUUCCAGUUCAAACUUAACGGACGCAAUUCAAAUGUUAAUCCAACACGGAAUCGACGUGAACGCAAAGAACUUUAUUGGAUGGAACGCUCUUCAUCUAUCGUGUCGAUUUCAUUCAAGCUCAAACUUGCUGGAAAUACUUUCAAUUUUAAUCGAAAAAGGAGUGGAUAUCAACGAAAAAACGACGCAUGGUGACAGAGCAAUCGACAUCUUAGUCAAGAAUGGGAUGGAUGAAGAUCAGAAAUCAAACGUCCUCAGAUUUUUGAUUCGCUAUGGGAUUCAAGUGCACCAAGAAAAUAAAGCCAGUCCAAAUGUGAAUCAAAUGAACUUUUUCAAACAAAACGACAAUUACGGUGACAAGUUUUUAAAUUUUCUGGCAAAGAAAAAAAUGCGUUUGGGAUGGCACGAGAAAUGUGAAAAUUGCCAUCAAAUACUGUCAAUUGAGAGAAAUUCCCGAGCGCGAUUGCAGCACCACCACAUGUUUAGCAGCUGUUACAGAGUGUUUCACUUUCUGAUGAAACAUUUAGAAGAAUGGGCCAAAUCGAAGCCAAAUUCUGGACAAUCCGAGCUGCGUAAGAGCAACCCAACAGAAUGGCUACGCGAAAAAGCAGAACAAUACCGUGAAAGUGAAACCGGAAAAAGCUUCAAAGAAGAUUUUGAAGUCAUGGCUGACGUUAGUGAACAAGUAAAAAAAGGGAGCAACUCGAGUGAAUUCAAUUGUGACCACUACGAACGCUAUUUGAGAUCCAUGUACUCGAUUGCUGGAUUGAUUGAAUGCGACGAGUCAAUGGGACAAAUCAAAUGGUUUUUUCUUUUGCCUUUUGAUUUCCCUAUUGAUUAUGGUGAUGAGAAAGAACCAGACAUCAAACGAGCGAAAAUUGAAUGGGACAGGACGCUUUUCAGCUGGGCACACAAAGAAACUGACGAAUAUUACGGCAAAUUUAGGAAAGAAGAUGCCAACGACGGCUAUUUCCUGCCCAAAGAGUUCAAACACAAGUGCCAUGAAAUCGAUGGCAAAUCACAAAACCAUUACGUGGAGCAACUCUUUAGGGGGAUGUUGGAAACCAACGCCAACAAAAGAAUAACAUCGACAGAGAUCGCUAAGCAAAUGAAAUCCAUCGAAAAUAAGCUUUAUGAAAAAGAAGAAGAAUUGCGUCAACUAUGUGCUACUGACUCUUCUCCGGCUCUAGUGCAAAAAAUCAGAGACAUAACUAGCCUCGGAAUCGACGUGAACGCAAUGGACAAGGACGGGCGGAAUGCGCUUCAUUACCUGUGCCAACACAAUUCAAGCUCAACAUUAAUCGACGCUAUUAAGCUCUUGAUUGAACUAGGAAUUUGCAUCAUGUCCAACGGCCACGACGCAAGAACUAUAUUACGCCAACAUUAUAAUAAAAGCGACAUAGAAGAAAUCAUAGAACUACUUGACGGAGCAUCUCGUGACUAAGAUAAUCAACAAACGCUUAAUGCUCCUCGCGAUCCCGAACGGUCACUAGGCCAACCAGUGUUCUUUGUUAGCUUAAGUUUGCUUUUCCUAAUACUUGUAGGGUUCUUGCAAUCAUUUUUGUUCAGUGAAAAAGAGAAAUGAUGUAGGCAGACGGAAUUACAUGUAACAGAAGCCUGGCCAUUUUUCAAACUAGAGUUUACGGUUCGUACUGAAUAAUAGCGUUGUAAUAUUGUCUCGAAUGUAGUUUUCCCCUCCUGGUGAAGGUAUAAAAUGCACUUGGACUCUUUGAUGCACAAAGACGCUGGUAGCAAAGCACAACAUUUUGGAGUAGAUAAAAAUAAAACGAAUAAAUGAUUUGAAAAUA